UAUCAACCUCUUUGUUGUACGACUAAGUUUUUCACGUGUUUAGUGGUCUUUAUUUGUUGACAUAUCUAAUUAUGGAAAUUUGCAUUGACAGCAUCGAAUCAGCAAAAAAUGCCAUUUCUGGCGGAGCUUCACGACUUGAAGUUUGCAGCGCAUUGUCAGAAGGUGGACUAACUCCUUCCUCCGGACUAGUAUUUCAAAUUCAAAAAUUAUCCACCAUACCCAUUUACAUAAUGAUUAGAAUAAGAGCCGGAGAUUUUGUUUACUCUCGAGAAGAAAUGAAUGCCAUGAUUUUUGACGUUGAAACAUUGAAGAAAUUAAACCCAAAUGGAUUUGUUUUUGGAGCGCUGACAGAUGAUGGAGAAAUUAAUAAUGAAUUCUGUGAGGAAGUAUUGAAAGCUGCCCAACCACUUCCCGUGACAUUUCAUCGAGCUUUUGAUGUGGUUAAAAAUCCUCUUGAAUCUUUAGAAAUUUUAUGUAAACUCGGUUUCGAAAGAAUAUUGACAUCUGGUCAAAAGAAAUCGGCACUUGCAGGCAUUUCAUUAAUUCAACAGUUGGUUGAAAAAUCUCGAGGAAGAAUUAUUAUUAUGCCGGGGGCCGGAAUAACUAGAGAUAAUUUAAAAGAAAUUAAGAAUAUAUCUACAGCUGAUGAAUUUCAUGCAUCGGCAAAAAAGUUUAAAACAUUUUCUAAACAAUCGGAUGGUGUAAAAAUUGGUGAUGGUGUCAAUUUUUCUAUAAUGGUUACUGAUGAAACAUUGGUAAGAGAAAUGGUGAAUAUUCUUGAGGAAAAUCGAUGACCAUAUUCUCAACUAUACUCACAAGAAAUAUAUUUUCAAUUUUUUAUUUAUAUUGCAUUACGAUAACUAAUUUUAAAAAUCUGCUACCAAACUUAUCUCUGUUUUUUAAUCAUAGUCUAUAAUUUAUUUUAUCUGAUAAAUCAAUAUUUUAUUUUUAUACAAUUAACUUCUGCUCCCAGUAAAUUUUUUUGUAACUUUUGGAUUUUUUCGUUUAUAUCAUUCUAAACAAGAACUUCAAAAUUUCAAAGUUACAAAAAAAAAAAUCAACUGGGAGGUAAAACUAAUGCAAAUCCUACGUGGUUCUUUAUUGAGAAAAUAGUAAAAUUUGACAAAAAUGCACAGAAAUUCCAAGUAAUUUAAAUAUUUCUAUAAAAGUAGUAAAAGUUAUUUAUUCGUCUUUUCCGUAUUUCUUUUAUAAGUCUGAAUAUUAUUUUAAUAAAUAAACCUAUUGUUUAUAAACUAAUAAAUAAAUCUACUUUUUAUAAAUAU